UUAAAGUAUAUUCACAGGUACACCUCCAAUUCAGUACACCUCCUAUCAGAAGCUAAUUGUCUAAAGGCUUGAUAUAAUUUUCUGGAAUUUUCUUAGCUGCUUAAAGGUAGGGAUGCACCGAUCCGAUACCUGGAUCGGUAUCGGCUCUGAUACUGAAGCUUUUAGAUGGAUUGGAUAUCGGUCCGACGAGCCUGAUCCAAAUCUGAUACUGUGUGUUAGUCAUGUUCUUUACUGUCAAGUUCCAAAAAGUAUAUAAAAGAACCAUAAAAACACCAUUAAAGCAGUUCAUAUGACUCGUGCAUUUUAUUCAAAGCCACUUGAAGACGUGCAGUGGCUCUGUGAAUCACAAAAGGCUGUGUUUAAUAAGUAAAUAUAUAGUAAUUUUAGAGAUUUAGCUAUAUCGGUAACAUUUUUGAUGCGCUACACUUUUUGUCAAUAAAAAAAAAAAACCUUGGAUGGAAACGUAGUUAAUGGCUUCAACCAAACAUCAAUUUUUGAUAUAUAAUGAAAAAAGCUUAUUUUAGCAAUUGAUACAAUGCCUUUAAUACAUUCAAAUAUAAAAUUGAACUUUUGAAACAAUCUGUAUUUACAUUAGUCCUACACAAGAGUAUUAGAAAAAACAGCUCCCAAAGUCACCAAUAUGUAACAAAACCCAGAUUUUGUUUUCCCAUAUGCAUCCACACUCCAGUCCAGUAGGAGACGGAAAAGCCCCAUUGAACACAAGAAGAUGAAAGAACUAAUUUUGCUACAUGUUCAAUGUGUUUAACUUGAUUUGUGGGAUUUUUAUUUUGCUUUGUGUAUUUUUAUGUGCAUGUUCAUUUUUAAUGAUAAAUAAUCGUAAAAGAAUCGUAUUAUCGCUAUGUCGUGGUUUUGUGACCGACGCUUCAAAAAAUAUUCAGUUUCAGGAGAAACAAGCAGAAAUGUGACAAUAUCAUGUUUAGUUUCUGAUAAAUGUGCUCGGCUGAUUGUAAAUUAGUUAAAUGAAGGCGAGUGUAUGUUAAAGCCUGUUAUAAUAUCUGAUAAUAUUCCUGCUGUCAGGAAAAUGAAACCAAACUCCACGCACACAUUUAUAUUUAUAGGCUACCAUAUCAGAAACAAAGUUAUUUAACAGAGCUGUUUAUAAUCCUAUAAUAAUCUUUUUGAGUUUGAUGAAUGUCAGUCCAUUAUAAUGAUGACUUGUAUUCAUAUGUUCAUCAUGAGAGAGCAGGUGGAUGUGAUCUGCAGUAAAUCAGUAAGAACUGAUCUGUCCAUGCUGGAUAUUGAUGAUUUCAUCACAGAAAUCUCUCCGCUGAAGAAAGAGGUGACGUCACUGAAGACAAAGCUGAUGGAGAGAGACGACAGGUUACAGCUGGAAAAGGUUUCCUGUCAAUCUUCAGUGUGUGUGACUGAUGGGACCUCCACAGAAUGUCAGGAUUCAGUGUGGAGCGGCAGAGAUCAGUCCACAUCACAGCGACUGCUGGACAAACUCUCUGAACAGAGAUCCAGAGACACAAAGGACUCAAAGCUCACUUUACUCUGUUCUACUGAUGGUAAUCAGGGUGAUCAAACCUCCACAGACUCUCUGACUUCUGUUAGUAAUGCUGGAGAACAGCAGAUGCUGCAGAUACCAGUGAAGAUGUGUUCAGUGAAGCUGCUGGACUGCAGGAACCUGAUGAAGAUGAGAGGAGAAUUCAAAGUAGAGGAACAACAGAGUAAUGAAGAUGAUGAUGAUGAUAAUGAUCAAAUCUCCACAGAGUCUCUGGCUUCUGUCUGUAAUGCUGGAGAACAGCAGAUGCUGAAGACACCAGUGAAGAUCGAAGUGAAGCAGGAGGAGAUAAAAGAGGAACAGCAGAGUGAUACUAAUGAUGAUCAAACCUCCACAGAGUCUCUGGCUUCUGUUUGUAAUGCUGGAGAACAGCAGAUGCUGCAGAUACCAGUGAAGAUGUGUUCAGUGAAGCUGCUGGACUGCAGGAACCUGAUGAAGAUGAGAGGAGAAUUCAAAGUAGAGGAACAACAGAGUAAUGAAGAUGAUGAUGUUUAUGAUCAAACCUCCACAGAGUCUCUGGCUUCUGUCAGUAAUGCUGGAGAACAGCAGAUGCUGCAGACACCAGUGAGGAUCGAAGUGAAGCAGGAGGAGAUAAAAGAAGAAAACAUAGCAGAGGAACAACAGAGAGAUGAAGGUGAUUAUAUUUCUUCAGAGCUGAUGGAAGCGAAAGAGAAAUAUCAAGAACUGAAUAAAGUGGAGGAGAAACUUCAGUGUCAGAAACAUCAUGACUUCACAACUGGAGGAAAAUCUUUGAGUUGCUCAAAGACUAAGAAGAAUUUAUCACUAGAGAAGCAUAAAAGAAGAGCAGCCAAAAAUAUUUUCACCUGCUCACAGUGUGGAAAGAGUUUCACAAAUAAAAGCCAGCUUAAUAAACACAUGAAAGUUCAUACUGGAGAGAAACCUUACACGUGCCAUCAGUGUGGGAAAAGUUUCACAUAUACAAUUAGUCUCAAAGGUCAUCUCUGCUGUCACUCUGGAGAGAGACCAUUUGAAUGUGAAAAGUGUGGUAAAACAUUUGUUUUGAAUUCAAGCCUAAGAAAACAUCUGAAUACUCACACAGAUGAGAAGCCUUACAAGUGUUCUUUUUGUGGAAACCGUUUUGCACACCUGUCCUAUUUGAAAAAUCACCAGAAAAUACAUACCGGUGUGGGGGCUCAUAUGUGCUUUGAAUGUGGGAAGACCUUUAUUACAGCCGACAGCAUGAAACAGCACCAAAGAAUUCAUGCUGGAGAAAAACCAUACAAGUGCUCACACUGUGGAAAAAGUUUCACUCAAUCACAAGACCUGAAAAAACAUGAAAGAAUCCAUACUGGAGAAAAACCUUACAAGUGCUCACACUGUGAAAAAAGUUUCACUCAGUCACAAACCCUGAAAACACACAAGAGAAUUCAUACUGGAGAAAAACCUUACAAGUGCUCACACUGUGGAAAGAGUUUCAAUCUGUCUGAAAACCUGAAAAAACACGAGAGAAUCCAUACUGGAGAAAAACCUUACAAGUGCUCACACUGUGAAAAGAGUUUCACUCAGUCACAAAACCUGAAAACACAUGAGAUAAUCCAUACUGGAGAAAAACCUUACAAGUGCUCACACUGUGAAAAGAGUUUCACUCAGUCACAAGACCUGAAAAAACACGAGAGAAUCCAUACUGGAGAGAAACCUUACAAGUGCUCACACUGUGAAAAGAGUUUCACUCUGUCACAUCACCUGAAAACACACGAGAGAUUCCAUACUGGAGAAAAACCUUACAAGUGCUCACACUGUGAAAAGAGUUUCACUCAGUCACAAAACCUGAAAACACACAAGAGAAUUCAUACUGUAGAAAAACCUUACAAGUGCUCACACUGUGAAAAGAGAUUCACUCAGUCACAAGACCUGAAAAAACACGAGAGAAUCCAUACUGGAGAAAAACCUUACAAGUGCUCACACUGUGGAAAGAGUUUCAAUCUGUCUGAAAACCUGAAAAAACACAAGAGAAUCCAUACUGGAGAAAAACCUUACAAGUGCUCACACUGUGAAAAGAGUUUCACUCAGUCACAAAACCUGAAAACACAUGAGAGAAUUCAUACUGUAGAAAAACCUUACAAGUGCUCACACUGUGAAAAGAGUUUCACUCAGUCACAAGACCUGAAAAAACACAAGAGAAUUCAUACUGGAGAAAAACCUUUCAAGUGCUCACACUGUGAAAAGAGUUUCACUCUGUCACAUCACCUGAAAACACACGAGAGAUUCCAUACUGGAGAAAAACCUUACAAGUGCUCACACUGUGAAAAGAGUUUUACUCAGUCACAAAACCUAAAAACACACGAGAGAAUUCAUACUGGAGAAAAACCUUUCAAGUGCUCACACUGUGGAAAGAGUUUCAGUCUGUCAGAAAACCUGAAAAAACAAGAGAGAAUUCAUACUGGAGAGAAAUCAUACAACUGCUCUUCGUGUGGGAAAAGUUUCAGGGCAGCAAGUAAUCUACAUAGACAUGUAAAUAGAAUUAGUAGACACACUGAGCAAAUUAAUCUUCAGGUCCAGCAAGAUUAAGUAAAUUGUUGGAAAGAUGAACCUCAAGAUGGAAUAUUUCCAAAUUGAUUAGCAUCCUCUAAGAAAAUUAGUGAUGUUUCAGGGCUUCUGAUCAUUUAAUAAUAUUGCUGUUGUUUUGAGGUUCCCUAAGUGUGUGUGUGUGUGUGUGUGUGUGUGUGUGUGCGCGCGCGCAUGUGCCUGCCACCGUUUUCUAACUUCUUUUACCCCAGUCACAUAAAUGCUCAAGUUAUCACUUUCCUUUGUCUUCUUAGCAGAUAGUCUGUUAAAAAGCCACUAAAAGUAAAGUUUCUAGAUGGUAGUUCCCUAUGAAAUGUAUAAACAUCUCAAGCUGUUUAUAAUGUACCAUGCAAUGUACUUUAAUAAAGUAUAUUUCGUCCCCAUUAUUAUUAAUUCCUCAUUUUAUGUUAGUUUUCUGUUUUAUUGUGUGCAGUGCGUAGAUGUACUAUUGUAAUAUUAUGGUUUACUUGCAUUAUCUUCUUAGGCUGUACAAUAGUAUAUAUAAAUAAUAAAAUUUUCAACUAGAGUUGAUGUCCAGGUAAUUUCAAAUCAUGA